AUGACGCAACUCGUUUUGUCGACGGGGAACAUCGUCUCCGGCGGCCCCUCGAUUAUCCGCAAGCCAGGCGCAUACCGGUCCAAUCUCGAGCUUACAAACUCCCUCCGGAGUAACUUCCUCGCCGCCCAGCAGGACUAUGCCGAAGCCAUCACCAACGGCAAUGGCAACGGCAACGGCCACUCGGCCGGCGAGGAGCAGCGAUCCCGGCGCACUCCCAUCUCGAUCUGGACGGAGAGGGACGCCUCCGGCGCACUCUACAUCCCCCGUAUAGACUGGGGAGCAGCCGGCUUGCAGGAGGAAGCGACACAGUACGACAUCACCGUCAAGCUUUUCUUCCUGCCCAACACCCCCGUGGCCGAACGGGCGCAAUACGCCAAGACCGCGCUGGAUCUCGUGCUCAAGGAACUGAGGGUACCGAGUGUCGACCUGCUCAUUGUCUCCUUCCCUGGCAUGUCCUUCGACGGCGACUGCGAGUGGGAAGCCGACAAGAUGAACUCGGCACAGGGGAAUGAUCAAGAGGAGGCCGCUACCUGGCAGAUCUUGGAGGACCUACACAAACAAGGCCUCGUCAAGAGGCUCGGAAUUGCCGAGUUUGGUAGCGAGAAGCUGUCGCGCUUCCUCAAGACGGUCUCGAUCCGCCCCGAAGUCGACCAGAUCAACAUCAAAGAUUGCUGCAAUGUGCCCCCUCCUUUGACCAAACUGGCCAAGGAGCAGGGUAUUGAGUUGCUCGUGCACAGCGACUGCACCGACGUUCUUCCCAAGGGCACUCUUCGAGAGCUUCUGGGCCAAGGUUUCCAGGGCGCUGGUGUUCUCGCCGACACUCUGGUUGAUCAGGAAGACGAUGCUGCCCAUGACGGACUAAAGGGUGAUCUGUUGCCGGAAUGGGUCAUCAAGUACACUGCAGUCGUCCGUGAUCGGGGCGUCAUCGAGAACAAGGGCUACUUUGCAGGGGCGGCUCUUCUCAGUUCUUGA